CUUGCACAGCACGUUUUAAUUUAUAAUUUAAAGUCACCGUUUAUCCUAUUAAAAAGAAAAUAAAAAAAAUGAGUGAAAAGCGAAUUAUCAACGCAGUAGUCGAUCCCGAUACGGGAAAUUUAAUUGUGCGUCCGGAGGACCACUACAUUUUAUACAACUUACUUCGAAGUGACGGGACGGAAUCAGUUCAAUACAUCGCACCUGAUCAAGUUAACUUAUUAUCAAUCGAAAAUGAAGGAGAAGCGUCAAAUUCAACUGCUUAUCAAUAUUAUGAAGGAGAAUUGAGAGAUGGUGAGGAGGAUUUGGAUGAAAGUAUGGCAGUUCAAUAUGAUGAAGACGAUCACGAGGAUGAUGAGGAAAAAGUUGUCGAAGAGGAUGAGAAUUUGGAUCCAAAAAAAAACCCUAUUAGAUGGUCGUCAAACAUGACUCUUUUCCUUAUAACGACUUAUACGAAUAUAAAAAAAGUAAAAAAGAAUAUAACCACCAAAAAUCUUUUUAAAGAAGUGGCAGAAUGUUUAAAUACAAAAGGAUACAAAGUUUCUGCAGAACAAUGCAAUUCCAAAUGGAAACUAUUGAAUUCGCUUUAUAAAAAAAAUUUAAAAAAAAAGGAGAAGACCGGAGAGCAACCAAUUACUUGGCCUUAUUUUGAUGCUAUGCAUGAAAUUUUGUAUCAGAAGCCCGAAAUUAAGCCACCUGCCGAAGCUUCCAGUUUGCAAGGCUAUAAAAAGCGAAUAAUGGAUGACAUCCAAGAAGAAGGUGAAGUGGAUAAAAAAAAAAGAUCAGUAAAAAAAAGUAAACAAGACGUAAUUUUGGAGGAAAUGCAAGAAGCAAGAAGAGAAGCAAGUGCAAGACAUCAAGAAACAACCCAGCAGAGAGGCACUUUUUGGAAAUUUUCCGUGACGCGGUAGAAGCUCUCAAGCGAAAAAAUUAGAUUUUUGUUAAGUACAUAAAUAUCUAUUUCCGCAGUAUUCGUUCAGCACUCGUCUUGAAUCUAAAAUUUCUUUUUUUUUAUCUCCGUAUAUAUUGUGUUUCGUGUUUUUCAUAAACUAUUAAUUAUUUUAAGUUUUUGAAAUCUUUGUUCCCAGAUGAGGAAAAGCAAUUUAAGUCACUAACUUGUUAGAAAAGAAGACUCUUUGAAAUCCGCCCUACAAAUUGUUACAAAAUUGAGAUGAUUUUAUUUUAUUUUUCGGAAAUUUGAUUAUUUAAGACAUUGAUGUUAAAGUAAUUGGAUAGCUGCGAGCUAUAAGUACAUAUGUGCCAAUUACUUAAAAAAUUCUGAAUAAUCACUUGAGAUCUAGUCUUCUAAUUAAUAGCUUAUUUGUAUUCGUUAUUUUGUUAUAAGUUAUUUAAAACCAAGUAUGUAAUGUCUCUUGAAAUUCUUUUUAUUUUUCAAAACUGUUGACAGUUCCUUACGCUAACUGAGCGUAAAAUUCAAGAUGACUAUUUCUUUUUUUUUAAAAAAAGCCGAUUUUUAUUUAAUAUUUUAAGGGCCGAUUUCACCAACACCGAUUAAAAGUUAAUCAAUGAUUAAAUCCUCAAUUAACCAAUCAGAAGCCUUUAAAUUGUCUUUAAUCAUUGAUUAACUUUUAAUCGGAAGUUGGCGAAACUGGCUCUAAGAUUCAUUUUUCUUUACAAUAUUAAUUAGUAGUUAAAAUAAAUAUAGUUUGUUUUCAUUAAUUCCUUAUUGUGGGUUGUGGAAAAUUGAAAACAAUCAUCUUGAAAAAGUAAAAUUUCUUGAAACCUGUCGUGAACAAUUUCUUGUGCAAAUCAAGCGUAGAACUUAAGAUAAAAUAUCGUUGAGAAAGUAUC